AUGGUCUUGCAUUUGGUAAUUGCCUUGAUGCUCUCUUCCGCUUCAACUUUGACAUCCCCAACAUUUUCUAUAGCAAGGCCCGGCUGCCAAGAUCAUUGUGGAAAUGUAAGCAUUCCAUUUCCAUUCGGUAUUACAGAAGGUUGUUACCUUAACGAAAAAUUCUUUAUCAACUGCACCAACUCUUCAACCUCUGUCCCUCAACCACUUCUGCAAAACAGUACAAUCAAUGUCACAGAUAUAUCUCUGGAAGGUCAGGUGCACCUUAUGCAGUAUAUAGCAUCUGAUUGCUAUAAUGAAAACGGAAAUUUAUCGUACAAGUAUUUACCAUGGAUGGCAUUAUCUAAACGCUUUACCUUCAAUAGUACAGCUAACAAAUUCAUUGUCGUUGGCUGUGAUGCCUACGGUAUAGUUUAUGGUUUUGGUCAAAACCGGAGCUACCUAACUGGAUGUGUCCCUUCCUGUGAUUAUAAGGACGAUGUAAUUGAUGGCUCUUGUUCCGGCAUCGGUUGCUGCCGGUCAGAUAUCCCACCAGGGGCAUGGAAUAUUACUGUGAGCUUGACCAGUUAUAGUAACCACACCGACGUGUGGGAUUUCAAUCCUUGCAGCCACGCUUUUGUGGUCGAAGAGAAGGCUUUCAAUUUUUCUGCAGAUAACCUCACCAACAUAAGCAGUGAUUUAAGUCUUCCCGUCGUGGCCGAUUGGACCAUUGAGGACGGGUCAUGUGACGUUGCCCAAAGAAACACGGCCUCUUAUGCAUGCUCUAUUAAAAACAGUCACUGUUACGAACCUUUAAAGGGGUUGGGAUACCGUUGUUCUUGCAAUCAAGGAUACGAAGGCAACCCAUAUCUUCCUGAUGGUUGCCAAGAUAUUAAUGAAUGCCAAGAUCCAACUCUAUGCAAUUGUACGAAGAAUAGUGUUUGUCACAACACAUUGGGCAACUACACAUGUCCUUGUCUCAAAGGGUAUCAUGGUGAUGGAAGAGGUGGAGAUGGCUGCAGUCCUGACCAAAUAAAUUGGUCUAUGAUUGUUUCAGGUGUUGGCACAGGCACAGCAAUUCUACUUUUCUGCUGCUUUUAUUUGUGUUUGGAAUUGAGGAAAAGAAGGGAAAACAGAUUGAAGGAGGGGUUUUUCCAGAAAAAUGGUGGAUUAAUGCUACAGCAACGACUGGCUCAAGAAGGAAGAAACACAAAUGUUGCUAGAAUUUUCACUCUUGAAGAACUACGAAAGGCAACCAAUAAUUUCGAGGAAACUCGAAUUAUUGGUCGUGGAGGAUACGGCACAGUUUUCAAAGGAAUCUUAGUAGACCAUAAUUCUUGUACUGUUGCCAUUAAGAGGUCCAGAGAAGUUAACGAAAAUCAAGUUGAUCAGUUUAUUAAUGAGGUGAUUAUGCUUUCCCAAGUUAAUAGUAGAAAUGUCGUUAAACUUCUAGGUUGUUGCUUAGAGACGGAAGUGCCAUUACUUGUUUAUGAGUUCAUCGACAAUGGUACUCUCUCCGAGCAUUUAAGCAGCACAACAAAAUCACAUCAUCUUUCUUGGAAUAUCCGAUUAAGAAUAGCAUCAGAAAUUGCUGGAGUUCUCUCAUAUUUGCACUCAGUAGCUUCACCACCGAUUAUCCAUAGAGAUAUCAAAUCGGCAAACAUACUUCUAGAUCAAAACUACACUGCAAAAGUCACGGACUUUGGAAUAUCAAAAUUGGCUCCUUUAGAUGAAAAUCAAGUAUCUACAAUGGUGCAAGGAACAUUUGGCUACUUGGACCCCGAGUACAUGCUAACAGGUUUGUUGACAGAGAAAAGUGAUGUUUACAGCUUUGGGGUAGUUCUUAUAGAGCUACUGACAAGUGAGAAGGCAUUAUCAUUGGAUAGAGUGGAGGAAGAGAAGUUUCUUGCAAAUUAUUUCAUUUCUUCACUGAAAAGUGGUCACUUGGUCCAGGUUCUUGAUCGCAACAUUAUGUGCGAUGUAAGUAUUGAGCUUUUGAAAGAAGUUGCAAUGAUUGCGAAAUCUUGCUUGAGUAUAAAAGGUGAUGAUAGACCAUCUAUGAAGAAUAUAGCAAGAGAACUUGAGGUAUUGGAAAUAAGAGCAAAGCAAUCUCCAAUUCAAGUUUCUAAGAUUGAUUUCGCCGACGCUGAUGCCUCCUUGUUUGGUAUGCAAUCAACAAAAGCACAUGUCGACAGUGGUGAUUCUAGCUGCACACAUACUGAGAGUCAUAGCAUAAUGGAGCAUAUGGUGGUUCCAAUUGCUGGUGGGAGAUGAAUGAUAAGGUGUCCUGGAGCGGCAAGUUUCGACUUUCGAGUUCUAGUGCACUUCUUCAUUUAUUGUUAUGAGUUCCUCCUAGAAAUGUCAAAUGGAGUUGAAUUUUCAGCAGUUUUAUCGCAACU